UAUUGUUGACUCAGUGAUUUUUCAUUUGUUUUUCACUGAUGUUAGUCAGAAUUGUUCUAUAUUUAGACAGAGUUUGUGUUGCUAUUUUUGUCAACAACUGGUAGGCAUAGGGGGUUCCAGCCUGGCAAGUGCACAAUGUACUUUUCAUAGUUAAGAAGGAAAAUACAUUCAAUUUAUUUAACUGGAUUUCUCCACUAAGACACAAAAAAUCUACCAGUGUUUAAAUAUUUUGAGAUGGAGGUGUUGUACCAAAGACAAGGUGAAAUGAUAAGUGGCUGUGUGCAUUGUCCACCUGCACCAUUUGUGCAUCAAGUGAGGUUGAACAAUGUUACCUGGGAGGUACCUGAAAAAUACAAGCCCUUGAAGCUAGUGGGCUCAGGGGCUUACGGACAGGUCUGUUCUGCUGUGGAUACUCAGAGAAACACCAAAGUGGCCAUCAAAAAAUUGGCCCGGCCAUUCCAGUCUGCCAUCCACGCCAAGAGAACGUACAGAGAACUCCGCAUGUUAAAGCACAUGAACCAUGAAAAUAUUAUUGGACUUUUGGAUGUGUUCACAGCAACUACAAAUUUUGAUGACUUCAAUGAUGUAUAUUUGGUGUCUCCAUUAAUGGGAGCAGAUCUUAACAACAUCAUCAAGACACAAACACUCAGUGACGACCAUGUACAGUUCCUAGUUUAUCAAAUCCUACGGGGACUUAAGUAUAUACAUUCAGCAGGAAUCAUACAUAGGGACCUCAAACCUAGCAAUAUAGCUGUCAAUGAAGACUGUGAAUUAAAGAUUCUGGACUUUGGUCUGGCGCGGCACACAGAGGACUCCAUGACAGGUUAUGUGGCUACCAGGUGGUACCGAGCUCCCGAAAUAGUCCUCAACUGGAUGCACUAUAGUCAGACAGUGGAUAUUUGGUCGGUGGGAUGUAUUAUGGCAGAAAUGUUGACAGGCAAACCUCUAUUUCCUGGAACAGAUCAUAUAGACCAGCUGACCAGAGUGUUGUCACUAGUAGGAACUCCUAAUCAGACACUUCUAGACAAAAUCAACAGUCCAGAGGCUAGGAAUUAUGUGGCAUCAAUGCCAAAAUGGCCAAAGAAAGAUUUCAGAGAAGUGUUCAUUGGGGCUAAUCCACAUGCAAUAAAUUUGUUGGAACAGAUGUUAGAUUUGGAUGCAGACACACGUAUCACGGCAACGGAAGCCCUCGCACACCCUUACUUAGCUCAGUAUGCAGAUCCUAGUGACGAACCGACUGCCGAAGCUUAUGACCAAUCAUUUGAAGACAUGGAACUCACUAUACCGGAAUGGAAAGUUAAAGUUUAUGAAGAAGUGGUGAAUUAUAAGCCACAGUGAUGUCCCCUGUUCAUCUAGCUGACUCAUCCAUAGAUCUCUCUCUGUACAGAAUAUCCUGUUCUUGAUAUUAGGGCUCAAUCAUAAAACUUCAACGUGCAACAUCUGGAAUCCAUCGUUAUCACAGAAAAAAUACUUUGUCAUUAAAAAGUAACAUGUAUCAUUGAAAUUAACUUGGGUCAUUAAAUUUACUUGUUUGGAUGCAAUUAUUUUUUUUGUAAAUUUUAAGAUAUAUGUUAUAAAAAUUUAACAGUUGAUGCUAGCUCGUUAGACAGGGCAUUUGUACACAGUAUUUGUUGCAUAAAGUCUUUUCAAUUUGCGCACAGAAAAGAUUCAUGAAAAUAGUAUUUUAGCAUAGUCAUGCAUGAUUUUCCUUAAAUUUGAUUUUGAAUAUCAUUUUCUCUUAUGUGCAAAGUAAAAUUCUUUAAAAAAUCAUGCUCAUUAUUCUUAUUAAAGAAAUUUUUUUUAUAUAUGUCAUGUUAAAAAAAAAAAAUAAUUGAAGACAAUGGAAAAUAUGUAGCCUUCAGUUUGUUUCAUGAACAUAUGCCAAACAAUUAGUGUGUGAAAAAUUAAAAUGCUUUCUAGAUUAGCAGGUUAUGUGUUUGUUUCGAAGAAUUAUGUUUAACAUUUUUAUUUACAUGUACAUUUUAAGAGAGCUAUUUUUGAGUUGCUAUCUUCAAAUGGAACAACAUAUCGUGUUCUCACAACUGUACCUCAGUCAAUACUUAAUAUUACAUGUACGUCAAAUUUGCAGUAGAUUUUUAUCUUGCGAAACUGAUUUUAAAAAUAGACAAAUAAUUUAAAUUUUUUUGACACAAUGCUAGCUGUCUAUGUGAGCUACAAUUUAAGAACUGCCUGAACUUGAUUUAAUUGAAAAUUAAAUGGUGCUGUAUUGGCGUAAAUCAGUUAAACGGAAUUAAAUGCUUAAGUGAUGAGAUUGUCUGCUACAAUAUUUCUGUUUUAUAAGUAUUUAAGGGUAUAUGAAGUGUAUUAUAUUUAUAAUACUAUUUUAAGGUUUAAGCUAGCUUUACUUGCAUGUUUAUAUUAAAAAAAAAAAACCCAAACAGCAUGCUGUAUUCCUUACAUGGUGUGGUUCGUGACUUGCAAUAUGAAAUUUAUGAAUAUAUGAAUUACAUUUUAAUGAUAGAUUGUCAAAUAUUCAAUUCUUUAAAAUAAGUGUUCGAAAAUAAAAUCUGAUAAAUAUGUUACACUGUGUCCAUGAUAAAAUUUGAAUUAAUGAAUGAGUUGGUUGUAAUGGAUAAAAAGCUUUAUUUUUUUUAAUAAUGAAUUUUGAAAUUAUGCUCUAGAGUUGUAGACUUAAAAGUCAAUGAGGAUUUUUUACCAUUUAAUUUUUUUUUCUCACUAUUCUUUAAAAGUGAAAGUUAACUUUGUAUAGCAUUAAUUUUGUUCAUGCAGACAGAGGCUUUGAUAAACAUCCUUGCCUGCAUAUUUGAGCUUUGGCUGAAUAUCUUUAAGAUGGCUGACUGAUCUUUAUGCAAUACUGUAUCCACAUCUUACAAGACAGUGGGUAGAUUUUUUGUAGUGCUGAACUAUGUGUCAAUGGACACAGUUGUUAAAUCUCAUUACUUCCCUUUGUUAAUAAUGGUUGCCGAUGUCUUGUUGUCAAAUUUGAAACUUUCUGUUGAGUUUGAUAGAUUUUUAAAAGAAAAUCCUCAUUAUGAUGUGGCAGUUGAUUUAUACAUACCUAUAUUUUUCAUGCUUUCAAAUUUUUAUGAAUGAAAAAAGUGUGCUAUUGAAAUAACUUGUAGAAGUGACAUUUUAUAAUCUUUGAAGUCAUUUUUGUAGCGAUAUUUUUUUUUCUAGUUCUUCAAUUUAUAACUUGAAGAUUGAUCUUAUUGUGAACACAUAAAGAUGUGCAUACAUAUGUUCACUGUUCCAUCAUAAUAUGUACAGAAAUAGCACAAAUAAAUCUGUUCUUUUUUAAACUGA